CCAUUUUGAAACCCCGGAGCCUCCCGCGGCGGCAGCUCCGAGCGGCGCCCGCUGCUUCCCGCUCCCGGCCGGCGCCCGCCCCACCGCCCCCGCCCCACCGGCGCCGUGCGACAUGGCAGGGGUGGCAGGAGUUGGAGGCGGCGGCAGCAACGACUUCCAGUGGUGCUUCUCGCAGGUGAAGGGGGCUAUCGACGAGGACGUGGCGGAAGCUGAUAUUAUUUCAACAGUUGAAUUUAAUUACUCUGGUGAUCUUCUUGCAACAGGAGACAAAGGUGGCAGAGUGGUUAUAUUUCAAAGGGAACAAGAGAAUAAAAGCCGUCCUCAUUCUAGGGGAGAAUAUAAUGUUUACAGUACCUUUCAGAGUCAUGAACCUGAGUUUGACUACUUGAAAAGUCUAGAAAUUGAGGAAAAAAUUAAUAAAAUUAGGUGGUUACCACAACAGAAUGCUGCUCAUUUCCUGCUGUCUACAAAUGAUAAAACUAUUAAAUUAUGGAAAAUAAGUGAAAGGGAUAAAAGAGCCGAAGGUUAUAAUUUAAAAGAUGAAGAUGGAAGACUUAGGGAUCCUUUCACAAUCACAGCACUACGGGUGCCAAUAUUGAAACCCAUGGACCUAAUGGUAGAAGCAAGUCCCAGAAGGAUAUUUGCAAAUGCACAUACUUAUCACAUAAACUCUAUUUCAGUAAAUAGUGAUCAUGAAACAUACCUUUCUGCAGACGACCUAAGAAUUAACCUAUGGCAUUUAGAAAUCACAGAUAGAAGUUUUAAUAUUGUAGAUAUUAAGCCUGCUAACAUGGAGGAGCUGACAGAGGUGAUCACUGCUGCCGAGUUCCACCCCCACCACUGUAACGUGUUUGUCUACAGCAGCAGCAAGGGCACCAUCCGCCUGUGCGACAUGCGCUCCGCCGCCCUCUGCGACAGGCACUCCAAGUUUUUUGAAGAACCUGAAGAUCCUAGCAGCAGAUCAUUUUUUUCAGAAAUUAUAUCCUCCAUAUCCGAUGUGAAAUUCAGUCACAGUGGCCGCUACAUGAUGACAAGAGACUACCUUUCUGUUAAAGUCUGGGAUCUCAACAUGGAAAACAGGCCUGUAGAGACAUACCAGGUCCACGAGUACCUUCGAAGCAAGCUUUGCUCCCUCUAUGAGAACGACUGCAUCUUUGACAAGUUCGAGUGCUGCUGGAACGGUUCUGAUAGCGCUAUCAUGACUGGAUCUUACAACAAUUUCUUCAGGAUGUUUGACCGGAACACGCGGCGGGACAUCACCCUGGAGGCAUCCCGGGAGAGCAGCAAACCUCGUGCCAUCCUAAAGCCCCGCAAAGUCUGCACAGGGGGGAAGAGGAAGAAGGACGAAAUUAGCGUUGACAGUCUGGACUUCAACAAGAAGAUUCUUCACACAGCGUGGCAUCCCGUGGAGAACAUCAUUGCUGUAGCUGCCACCAAUAACUUGUAUAUAUUCCAGGACAAAAUUAACUAAAGAUGGCUUCCUUGAGGACAGAGUCGUCGUCUUGCAUAGUUAAGCUCAGUUGUUUAUCUGUAAAAGAGAAGGCCUUGUUGUCCUACCAGUGAAGAACAUUGAUGCACUUACUUCCCUUUAGAUAAAGGAGAGGAUCUGGCCUGGUUUUUGAGUUCCUGGUGUGGUUCUGCCUUCGGUGGGGUCGGGGAGCGCAGCGUCCGUCGCAGCUUUCUGGAAGAAACCCUCUAGAGGCAGAACUGAUGGACAGUGCUCAAUAAGGCCAAUACUCAAAAUAAAUGUAUUUAUUUAAGUCUGAGCCUUCCUUUCCAGUUUAUAGACCAAAAAUUUAACACCCAAGAAGAAAAAAAAAUUGUCAUAAAAAUGUAAUUUCUAUCUCUUGCGCUCUCUCUCUGCUGUAAUAUUUGGGCCUUUCAAAACAUAUAUUGUGCUUCAUGCCUGUAAACAUUCCUCCUCUGGCCUGGAUCUGGGCUUAGGUGUUUUUACCUUUGAGCACUUAGGUAGGUCUUGAGUUGGGUUCGUAGACAGGUUUCCAUGAAUAUUUACUCACCAACUGUAUCUAUAACCACACCUUCUGGUGUAAACCACUUAAUAAAAUAACAAACUAUAAAAAGUGUUUUUAAAUCUGAAGGUAUGUAUUCAGUCUUUUUAUUUUUUUUAUUGCAUGUACUGAGAUUGUGCAGGAUAAUUCUGAUGGGCAGAUUGGACAAUGUUUGCCCUAAAACUUAAUUUUAUUUUUUUUUUUUGGCAGACUAAUACAAACUCUUUUGUGUAGUAUUUCAAAUUCUAAAUUUAGAGUUUCCAUGAAAUUGUCAGUUAGUUUGAGUUGCACUGGUUUUCUUGUAACAUGCUACCUGUGUACCAAGUAGGAGAUUGACAAGGUUAGUACAACAACAUCCACAGCCUUAAUACCAAGUGACCACCUUGCACCCAAGGGAAAACAAGAUUUAACACGUUUUCUUCUCUGAAGAUAAAAGUUCAGUUUCUCUGAUGCCUCUCAAGGUUAGAUAGAGACAUACCUUACGUGCAUUAUGUUUUUUAACCUUUUUAGUACUUGUCAUGAAGAUAGAGUUUAUUUUAAGUAUUUGACAUAAUAUAUUGUAUUUCACAUUACAGUUCCAGCCAGCAAAGGAAAUAAUCCUCUCUUGGUGAUGCCAAGCAGCAGCACAGCCUGGUGCAGGUCAGGAUGUCAGGAAGCACCAAGCCAGCUGCUGCUCACUGCUGGGACUCUCUUCUUGCUAACUUUGUUUUAAGCCUUAGGUACUUUUUUGUUUGGUUGGUUUUUGUUGCCCCCAAAGAGGCCUGAAAAGCAUCAACCUUCUGCUGAGCCCAGACUCGCCUGGGUGAGGAGCUGUCCCUGGAGCUGUUGCAGCACGUUUAGUAGCAUCGAGUAGCUAGACAUGACACUCUGAGAUGUGCCUGCAAAUUAGAAUUGCUUUCUGAAAAACGAGGUCCCGUGGGCUUCCCAGAGGAGAGCAGCAGAGUGGUUCACACUCCCUUGUUGUUGGGAUGAAGGUGUCUGAUGAUUCCUGCCUCAGAUCCCAUGUGCAGGAGCAAAUGUCUCUGUUCUCGCCCUCCCCAUGAAUGUCCAUAGAGUGCCACUCUUGUUCACAGUAAGCUAGUGAGUACAACUAAUUCCUGAGGUUCGACAAAUAAAGUUUAAAUUAAAAAGAAAUAAAUCUUAUCCUGUAUAUUGGUUGUGACACUAUUUGCAAAUCUUGAGAUGUGGAACUUCUGGGUCACUAAAGCGUUAGAUUUGACCUUGUUCCUCCAAUACGUGCUAGAGCUAAUACCAUGGGAUUGUACAUACUUGUUCAAUUAUUUUGACCAAAAAGUUUAAUAAAUUUUAAAUGUUUACCUGGACUUGCUCUGUGUAUUUUGGCAAAUUCUUCCGUUUGUGAGACAAUGACUGGGUGAGCCACCCUGAAGAUUGUUUGUAUUUCCAUUCUCAAUGGUUAGUUUUUGAUGGUCAUUCCUCUGACUCAGAAAGCUGUCUGUUCAUAUUCAGUGAAUAUAGUAGUGCUGUCUAUUUUUGAUCUAUUUUUUCAGCAGAUGUAAGUGGAAUAUGAGUAAAAAGAAAAAGGAUAUGAUGAAAUCUUCUAUUAUAUAAAACAUGAUUUGCUUGUACCACUUUCAAUUAAAUAGUUUUUGAUGAUUCAUGA